AGGACAUUAUAGCAAGUUUCUACACUGCCGUUCCACACUCCUGGGUUACAGAACCUCCAGAUAUAACCUGCCUUUGUGACCGUCAGGAGCCACUGAUCAUGAGCACCACUGAGGCUGGAGGACCCCCUUUUCCAGUGCGGAGUCCACACGAGCAAAGCGUCGGUAUAUAUAGCACCAGGCACAAGUCCCAGGCAGGUGGCGCCAGCAGCUCAGCUUCUUCAGGAGUCUCAGCAGGACCCAGCAGCCAAGGAUGAAGCUGUCCAUCAUCCUCAUUUUCUGCUCCCUGGUCCUGGGGGUCAGCAGCCAAGGAUGGCUAGACUUUGUCAGGGAAGCUGGUCAAGGGUCGGGAGACACGUGGAGAGCCUACUAUGACAUGAGGCAUGUCAAUUACAGAGGAGCAGAUAAAUACUUCCACGCCCGGGGGAACUAUGACGCUGCCCGGAGGAGACCUCGGGGCGCCUGGGCUGCUAAAGUGAUCAGCGAUGCCAGAGAGGGUAUUCAGAGAGGCUUGGACCGUAUUAAGAAUGGAGGUAGCGGCCACGGAGAGGAGGACUCGAGGGCCGACCAGAGAGCCAACCGAUGGGGCCGGAGCGGCAAAGACCCCAAUCACUUCAGACCUGCCGGCCUGCCCAGCAAAUACUGAGCUCCCUCACUGUGCUCUCGGGAGCCUGGGCCGUGAGCCCCUGAGGGCAGGGACACUGAGUCAUUGAGUUAUAUAUCCUAGAUACUGAUAGAGGGCACACAA